UACCAGAUUGGGGCUUUGGGUGGUCGUCGGAAACAACAGCAAUUUUCGGGUCUACCGGAAAAGAACUAGAUGAGCGGCGGCAAACACGGUCGACCUGAGACCUACGCACUACUCUCCGACAAAGAUCUACGACCUACUCUAUGUCGAUAGUGACAAAGGACAAGCCGGGAGAUAUGGUUCCACCAAAAACAACGGUGGAUCCUCUGGCUUAGACAGAAGAGGAAACGUCAAACCCUUUUCUUCUACAGCUUGGGUCAAGCAAUAAAAUAAAAAAAGGCAGCAGGAGUUUCGUUCGGCGAGCGACAGCUCCCUAGGUUCAGUGUUGCAGAUGAACCAACAGUCAACCUCAACGGAGCGGUAGCAGGGUCUACGGUCAGGUGAAAAGGAAAUAAAAAAAAUGGCAGAGAGAAGAGAAGUCUACUUAUGAUGAGAAAGUUUACAUAGAAAUAGCAAGAGGAAACAAAAAAAAUGUUGGGCGGUUUGUAUGGAGAUCUUCCCCCUCCUGCUUCUGUAGCUUCCUCUUCGUCAGGGGAUGAAGAAAAGAACAAUAGUUCAUCAACAUGGUCAAGCAGUGCGAAGAUGGCACCUCCAGCCUUACGUAAGCCCUCUUACCUUUUCACACCUCCUCAAUCAGUCUUGAAGAGUCAACAGUCCCAGGGAAGACCUAAAACAUCACAGACAAAAACUGUCUCAUCAGUUUCUACUGGAUCAACUUUAAUUGAUGAUGGAAUACAAUCAGUUGGCAUUCAACCAGCACUUGUUGGUGUUACUGCUACUAUAAUUGAAGAGUAUGAUCCUGCUAGACCUAAUGAUUAUGAAGAAUAUAGGAGGGAAAGGAGGCGGCGUUUAAUGGAGGCGGAGAUGAAGCGGGAGCUUGAAAGACGGCGACAAGAGGAGGAAGAAAAGGAGCAGGAGAGAAAAAAAGAAUUAGAAAGAGAAAGGGAGGCAAUGGAAAGAGAGAAGGAAAGGGAAUAUGAAUCGAGGUCAGCAUCGUUAAACAUUUCUGGAGAAGAAGCUUGGAAACGGCGAGCUGCAAUAAGUGGUCUGCCAGCGGCACCGAGGUCACCUUCCCCUACUAAUGGAGAUGGAUUCACUAUUGGGAAAUCAAGCACAGCUGGGCUCGGUGUUGGAGCUGGUGGACAAAUGACAGCAGCUCAGAAAAUGAUGGCAAAAAUGGGUUGGAAGGAGGGUCAAGGGCUUGGGAAGCAGGAGCAAGGAAUCACUACUCCUCUUAUGGCAAAGAAGACAGACAGGAGAGCGGGUGUCAUUGUCAAUGCCAGUGAAUCUAGAGCUGAUAAGAAGCUCAAGAGUGUGAAUCUGAAUGGGCCUCCAACUCGUGUUCUCUUACUUCGAAACAUGGUUGGUCCAGGGCAAGUUGAUGAUGAACUUGAAGGUGAAGUUGCAGAGGAGUGUGCUAAACAUGGCACUGUUAUGCGCGUUCUAAUAUUUGAAAUCACAGAGCCAGGUUUUCCAGAUGACGAAGCUGUUAGAAUAUUUAUUCUGUUUGAGCGACCAGAGGAAGCAACGAGAGCAUUUAUUGAUCUAGAGGGUCGAUACUUUGGUGGUAGGUUGGUUCGAGCUUCAUUUUAUGAUGAGGAUCGUUUCGGCCGUAAUGAGUUGGCUCCAACAUCUGAAGAAAUUUCUGGCCGUCAUUGAAAUGCCUGUCACGGUUGGUAUGAGUGUUGUUGGGGGUUAUAAGUAGCUCCAGAGAUCUCGGUUAUGCUUGUCGGCAGUGAAAUUAUUAACAUGGUAAGGACAUUUUUAUGCUCUCAGCCAAAAACCAUUUUCAUGUUUCCGUUUGUUUUACUGUUGUCAUCAGAGAUCCAUUCGUGUCUAGAGGAACUAAUUCUUCUUUUUUGAUUUUUACACACUGAACUGCACCUGGGCUGGUAACUAAUCCUGUUCAAGGUCAUAAAACGGUUACUACCCCAAUUUCUCCUUUUUUUACUUGAUUUUUCAUUUCGUGGUGGCUAGGAUUGAUGAACUGGUUGAAGUUGCCUAGACAGACUCAAGCUCAUGAGAAAGUUGCUUAAUGAAAUAGUUGUUUACAAUUACUUAAAAUUCCUUCUUUCGAUGAA